AUGUUUGUAAGAAAAUUCAUUAGCGAUAAAUUAAUAACAGCAACGUUUAAAUUUGAGAAACUUUUGUCGCCCACAGAUUUCUUUACACAGAAAAAUUUGUUCUCAACUUCACUCACUAUGUCGAAGACCGCACUAGUCAUUUUAGCUCAAGGCGCGGAGGAGAUGGAGACUGUUAUUACAGUGGAUAUGUUAAGAAGGGGUGGUGUGUCUGUCACAUUAGCCGGUUUGGAUGGUGAUGGGCCGGUGCUAUGCUCAAGACAAAUAACUCUGGUCCCGAACAAGUCACUGGCGGACGCGCUGGCUGAGAACCCGCAGUAUGAUGCUGUGAUACUGCCCGGUGGUCUGGAGGGAUCGGACCGUCUGUCGAAGUCUAGUGUUGUGGGAACGGUUCUAAAGGAGCACGAGAAGGCCGGCAAGAUCGUCGCUGCCAUUUGCGCCGCGCCGACCGCGUUCGUGUCUCACGGCGUGGCGCGCGGCAAGCGCGUGACGUCAUACCCCAGUACCAAGGACAAGAUCACCGGCGACUAUCGCUACGUGGAGGGCGAGCGGGUCGUGGUAGACGGGAACAUAGUCACCAGCAGGGGACCAGGGACCGCUUACUGGUUCGGUCUCACACUAAUCGAACUUCUGACAGGCAAAGAGGAGGCUGCCAAAGUUGAGAAAGGAAUGCUUAUCACCGGCUACUAA